AUGGCUGACCACCUGGACCCCGGAGCAGCUCCCGGUACCGCUGACCAGCCGUCGCCGGGGCGCCGCCGGUCGAGGAACCCCCUGAGGAACAUGAUCCAGCACCUGACGGUUGAGUCGCCGUCGGGCACCAGCGACGGCUCGGGCUCGCGGCGCUCGUCGCUGAUCCGCCGCCUCAGCGGGCAGAAGAGCCGCAGCCCGUCGGCGCACUCAGACGCCGCCUCGAGCUCGCGGCCCAACUCGUCGCAGGGCGUCAACCGCGACCCGGCGCUGUGCGACUCGUGCGCGCGGCUGGCGGCGGAGAUGGAGGAGACGCUGGACGAGGUGGACGCGACGUUUGCGCGGCCGGCCGACGGCGGAGCGGCGGGCGACUUCGAGACGCGCGAGCACUUUGUGUCGCGGCUGCGCUUCCUCGAGGAGAAUCGCUGGGCGGCGACGUGUCCGCUGUGCAAGCUCUUCUGGGACCUGCACGUCCCCGGCAAGGAGCCCGGCGAGUACCACCUGGUGGCGCUGUCGACGCGCGACACGAGCUACUUCAUCGACUCGGCCAAGAUGCACAGCCAGGACCACCCGGCCAAGGGGCGCGCAAAGGGCCUCAGCCCGGCCUUCUUCUCCGUCAUCUCCAAGGCCAAGGCCGGCGGCUCGGACCCGGAUGUGGACCCCGAGUGGUUCCGGGAGGCCGGCAUGCUGCUCCGGACGCGGCCCGAGAUGCUGGUGGACGCGGCCAGGGGGAGGACCGGCCCCGAGGCGAGGCUGGCGGUGUCGACUCCAGGAGCGUCUCCGCUGCCGUCGCCGUCAUUAUGCUUGCCGGACGACGCAUCGUGGACGCAGAGGGGGAUCUGGGGACGGGAUAUCGACAAGGUCGCCGAUAUGAACAUCGUGCGGGAAUGGAUUCACUUUUGCGACAACCACCACCAGGGACGAUGCUCAAGGAGGCCGGUCAGGGCCGAGAUGCCAGGAUUCCGGCUCAUCGACUGCGCCCAGUCGCCUCCGCGGGUGGUCGAAAGAUCGCUGCGCGACGACUACGUGGCGCUGAGUUACGUCUGGGGAGACGCAAAGGUCGAGGAGGGCAGCUGGCCGCAAGUCGUUCGCGAUGCCGCCUCUGUCGUGACGCAGCUGGGCUUCCGCUACCUAUGGGUCGACCGCUACUGCACGGACGACAACAGGCCGGAGCACAAGAUGGCGCAUAUCCAGCGCAUGGACGAGAUAUACGAGGGCGCUGCCUUCACCAUCAUUGCCGCUGCUGGCGAGAAUGCCAUGCACGGAUUGCCUGGAGUUGGGGCGACAUCUCGACCUGCUCAGCCGAAAUACAAGUUCACCACGUCCAACAUCACCCUGGUCUCGAGUCUGCAGGAUCCGCGCCUGCUUAUAGAGCGCUCGACGUGGUUCACUAGAGGAUGGACCUACCAAGAGGGGCUCCUCUCGCGACGGCGCCUCGUCUUCACAGAGCAGCAGAUGUACUGGGAGUGCGAGGGAAUGGCCUGUCCCGAAGCACUGGACCUGCCGUUCGAAUUCUACCACGACGCCGAAGAGAAGCGCCUGUGCGAUUUUGUACGUCCGGGAAUGUUCAACGGAGUGUCAUACAUGGACGGCAGCUGGGAGCAGUGGAAGAAGCUGCCCCAGAAGCUGGGUGAGGCGAGCACGCUGAGUAUAUUCCGAGAAGUCGACCAGCACAUCACGAAAUACACGGGCAGGAAUCUCAGCCGAGACGAGGAUUCUUUGGAUGCAAGUCUCGGAUUAUGGCGAGAGUUGGAGAGCACGGUUGGAAGGGGGAAGCUCAGCGAUCUGGUGGGAAUCCCGAUGUGGGCUCCCCUGGCUGCUCAAUCGACCGAGAACAAGGAGGGCCCUGUUUUACCGAGGACGAGACACUUGUUCGCCUUAUCGACUUGCUUCUGGCAUCACAAAGUUGGUACGCAAGCUCGAAGGAGGAAUCACUUGCCGAGUUGGUCUUGGGCAGGCUGGUCCGGCCCUGUAGAGCUCUUCUCCUCCAUCACCAUCGCCGCCGAUCCAGAGGCCAGAACAAAAAGCCGCAAGAUCCUCAACCACCACUACGUGACAGCCACCCAGCUGACGAGAAACGAGCAAUCUUCGGUACAGUGGACAUACUCGCCUGAGAUGGCAGUACUGGCCCCCGACGGCACCGCGGUGUACGACUUUGGAGAUAAACUCGUCAGUGCCGGACCUCCACGGUUCCGCCCCGGCAAGUACUCCCUGCAUGUCCAAGACCCGCUGGUCCUAGACCGCGUCAAGGCGAAGACGCACUCCGACGGCUGGCUGUUUAGCGGCCUGAGCGUUGAUGUACGGAUGAGUCGCGGAAGCGGCACCGAAACGGCCUGUCUGGGUGGCGAGGAGGCUAUAGGCAGUAUUAAGGAGUAUAUCACAAAGCACGGAAAAGGAGAGCAGAUGAGCGUGCUAUGGUUUGUUGAGGAGGCCCUGGUGAUGCUGCUGGUAAUAGAAAAGACGAGCAGAGGGACGUGGGAACGCGUGGGGAGGAUGAGGAUGGCUUUCCAGGAAGAUGCAAAGGAUGUGGUGAGGGCUUGUGGUAGACUUGAGGGACUGGUAGCGAAGUUGCCUCUAAGAAGGUUAGGGGAGAAUAUCGUGAUUGAGUAG